AAAAGAGAAAAAAAAUUACCAAAAAAAAGAAAGUAGGGAAGAAAAAUAUCUCCGAUCAUGUCGUCGGCGUUCGGCGACUUCGGUCCGCUCACCGAGCGCCGCCGCGCCGAGAAGGCGCGGCAGCAGCGCAGGCGCCUCAUGAUAGCCGGCGGGACCGUGUCCAUCGUCAUCAUACUCAUCGUCAUGGGUGGCGCCGCCGUCAUGUACAGCGGGAAGGCGUCCAGCGACGACGGCGACUACAAGAAGGGCUCGUCGCCGGCCAAAGGCAAGUCCGGCGGCGGGUCAGGCUCGAGCUCGAGCUCGCAGCCGGAUCUCAAGGCCGUGUCGAAGAGCAUCAAGGUGAUGUGCGCGCAGACGGACUACCAGGACGCGUGCGAGAAGAGCAUCGGCAAGGCAGCUAACGCCAGCGCGACGUCGCCCAAGGACAUCAUCCGCACCGCCGUGGAGGUGAUCGGCAACGCGGUCUGCCAGGCGUUCGACCGCGCUGACCUGAUCAUGAGCAACGACCCCCGCGUCAAGGCCGCCGUCGCCGACUGCAAGGAGGUCUACGAGGACGCCAAGGACGACCUCAACAGCACGCUCAAGGGAAUCGACGCCGGAGGCAAGGAUGGCCUCGCCAAGCAGGGAUACCAGCUGCGGCUCUGGCUCAGCGCGGUGAUCGCGCACCAGGAGACGUGCAUUGAGGGGUUCCCCGACGGGGACUUCAAGGCCAAGGUGAAGGAGUCGUUCAACAACGGAAAGGAGCUCACCAGUAAUGCCCUGGCGCUCAUCGAGAAGGCGUCAUCGCUCCUCUCUACGGUCAAGGCCUCGAAACGCCGGUUGCUCGCCGAGGAGGAAGGCGCGGCGUCGCAAACCGAGCCAGCCCUCGACAAGGACGGCGUCCCGGAGUGGGUGGCCGACGGUGAGCGUAGGGUGCUCAAGGGCGGCGGCUUCAAGAACAACCUCACGCCAAACGUUGUCGUGGCGAAGGACGAUAGCGGCAAGUUCAAGACCAUCAACGAGGCGCUCAGUGCCAUGCCAAAGACCUACGAUGGAAGAUAUGUGAUCUACGUGAAGGAGGGGGUGUACGAGGAAUACGUGACGAUCACCAAGAAGAUGGUGAACGUGACCGUGUACGGCGACGGCGCCAAGAAGUCGAUCGUUACCGGCAACAGGAACUACGUCGACGGGCUCACGACCUUUAAGACAGCAACCUUCACUGCUCAAGGCGACGGGUUCAUGGCGAUCGGGAUGGGGUUCCAGAACACGGCCGGCGCGGAGAAGCACCAGGCGGUGGCGCUGCUGGUGCAGUCGGACAGGUCCGUCUUCCUCAACUGCCGCAUGGACGGGUUCCAGGACACGCUGUACGCGCACUCCAAGGCGCAGUUCUACCGCAACUGCAUCAUCUCCGGCACCGUGGACUUCAUCUUCGGUGACGCGGCGGCCGUGUUCCAAAACUGCAUCCUCGUGCUGCGCCGUCCGAUGGACAACCAGCAGAACAUCGCCACCGCGCAGGGCCGCGCCGACGCCCGCGAGGCCACGGGGUUCGUGCUCCAGAAGUGCGAGUUCACCGCCGAGUCCGCGCUCAGGGACGCCGGCCGCCUGGCCAUCCGCAACUACCUCGGCCGGCCCUGGCGCGAGUGCUCGCGCACGCUGGUCAUGGAGUCCGAGCUCCCGGACUUCAUCGACAAGGCCGGGUACAUGCCGUGGAAUAACGGCGACUUCGCGCUCAAGACGCUGUGGUACGCCGAGUACGGCAACACCGGGCCCGGCGCCGACACGUCAGGGCGCGUCAACUGGCCCGGGUACAAGAAGGUGAUCAGCAAGGCGGACGCGGCCAAGUUCACCGUCGAGAACUUCCUGCACGCCCAGCCCUGGAUCGAUCCCACCGGGACGCCGGUCAAAUACGACCUUUUCACGUGAGGCCGGGCGCGGGCCGGGGUUGCAUGCAAUGCUAGAGCCUGCACCUACCUGCACGGUUGGGAAGGGGACCGGGCGCGCGCCGUAGGACAGGCCGGGAUC